UGACGCUCUCGCGGCAAAAAAGGCCUGAAAGUGACAGCGUCAUUGACAAAAAACCCGACUAUAAAAUGUGUCCGCCGGACCAGCUAGUUAGCGCACAGAUUCUGUUGAAGCUAACGUUAGCGCAGAUUAUCAGCAGUACACAAGGAAGUCAGCACCCGUUUACUCGUAUCACCGAGACUGUUGAGUAGUUGGAACAUUGUACCAUGAAGUGGUUUGAAGGUUUAUAUCAAUUUGUUGGUUGUGCAUUGAAUGAAAACGCUGUGGUACCCUUCGCUAACCAAACAGUCCUAGGCGUUAGCCGAGCUGCUAGUGUUAAGUUAGCCAGCUGUAGUGAGUGUUGUUAGCAUUAACACCCCGAGAGACCGUUAAAACACGAGAUAUGAAAGGCACUCUUCUAAAUACUGCUUUUGAACGUCCCCAGCAGUCAUCGACCCUCCCAAAAAAAGAGGAGUACUACAACAUUUCCGUUAAGUUGUGAUGACCAUAAUGUCCCAAACGACCAACCAUGAUGACAGAUGCUUUGUUGCCAUGGACACAGAGGACGACGGCGCCGACCCCGCUGGAAUAAUAGAGGCCCUCGAAUCAAAGAUGGGGUCCUAUCGGGAAGAAGGGAACAUAGAUUCUUGUGCCAAAGCUGGAGGGAGAACCAUGAUGGAGCUGCCGGAGGAAGUCCUUGAAUACAUCCUGUCCUUCCUGUCGCCUUACCAGGAGCACAAAACAGCUGCACUUGUAUGCAAGCAGUGGUAUCGCCUCAUCAAAGGUGUCGCUUAUCAGUGUUACCAUGGUUUCAUGAGAGCUGUCCAGGAGGGAAACAUUCAGUGGGAAAGUCGAACAUACCCGUAUCCAGGAACGCCAAUCACUCAGCGCUUUUCACACAGUGCAUGUUACUAUGACUCCAACCAGUCCAUGUAUGUGUUUGGGGGCUGCACCCAGAGUAGCUGCAAUGCUGCCUUUAAUGAUUUAUGGAGACUGGACCUGAACAGCAAGGAGUGGAUUCGCCCGCUAGCUUCAGGCUCAUAUCCAUCUCCAAAAGCUGGAGCAACUCUGGUGAUGCAUAAAGAUCUAUUAGUGCUGUUUGGAGGCUGGACUAGACCAAGUCCUUACCCAUUGCACCAACCUGAGAGAUUUUUCGAUGAAAUCCACACCUACUCCCCUUCAAAGAAUUGGUGGAACUGCAUUGUGACAACACAAGGACCGCCGCCCAUGGCCGGCCACUCUUCAUCUGUUAUUGGAAAUGUCAUGGUGGUGUUUGGAGGCUCAUUAGGAGCACGGCAAAUGAGUAAUGAGGUAUGGGUUUUGGACCUGGAACAAUGGUCCUGGUCCAAACCACCCAUAGCUGGUCCGUGCCCACACCCACGAGGUGGCCAGUCACAGAUUGUGAUUGAUGAUUACACGCUGCUUAUCUUGGGAGGUUGUGGAGGCCCCAAUGCUCUCCUCAAGGAUGCCUGGCUGCUUCAUAUAGAAGCACCCGCGUGGAGGUGGCAGCAGCUGCAGGUGGCGAACGAGGACCACGGUGCCCCGGAGCUUUGGUGCCACCCAGCUUGCAGAGUGGGCCAAUGUGUGGUGGUCUUCUCACAGGCUCCUUCGGGCCGUGCACCACUCAGCCCAAGUCUUAACUCUCGGCCCUCCCCCAUAAGUGCCAUACCCUCCCCACUGGGCCCGGAACCGCCUUCUUUGCGCUCUCAGUCCCCUGUGCGGAGCGGGGCGGCCGGCGUCGUUCUGGGCGCUGUCGAAGAGGCUCCGUGCGUUAACGGCCGAUGGGGCACGCUGAGGCCCCGACCCUCAGCCCGAGGAAGUGCCAGAGACGGCAGCCCAUCCUCUUCCCAGCAGCCGUCUCCUUCACAAUGUCCCGACAGCCCGCCUCUAGCUCCCCAUCCGCCGUUAUUGAAUGGCUCCUCCCCGUCGCCGCGGACCAGUCCUGCUCAGGCUGCAUCUCCGCCCCUUCGUACCCAUCCACCUGCUUCUACAGACUUCAGCUGGGAGGCCGCACAGCAUCCCGAAGUGCCCAGCACUAACGGCCUGCACACACCUCCCACGGGUUCCCCGCGUACUCCACCGGGAGCCGUGUCCCCUUCUGCCUUACGACGAGGCCUGGAGGCAGUGGAAAAUACAUCUUCCUUAUCUUUACCGUCUUCGUUAUCGUCGCCUUCCUUUCAAACGCCGGGAGCUUCUCCUGGAGGAAUUGGUGGAGCGGUUCCCCCCGGUACUCCCCCGUCAUCCUCCUCCAGCCCCCCGCAGGCUGCCGGAGCAGACGGACACCCUAUCCCGCCGAUUGCCCGGCGCCUGGGCCAUCAUCCGCCCCAGAGUCUGAACGUAGGUAAACCUCUGUAUCAGUCGGUCUGCAUCAACUGCAAGCCAAUGCAGAUGUACGUGUUGGAUGUGUCGCGCGCCAAAACCGCUGGCACCGUGGCUUGGAGAGUUUAUGGAAACGGGACCCCUGCUGCAGUUACGGGGCCACCGGAGACCAGCCUGCACACUGUGGUGCAGGGCAGGGGGGAGCUUAUUAUUUUUGGAGGCCUCAUGGACAAGAAACAGAAUGUGAAGUACUACCCUAAGACAAACGCCUUGUACUUUGUCCGUGCAAAGAGGUAAUAAUGGAGCUUGACGCCAGGGUUGGGAUUGUAGGGAUUCAGCCCAUGACCCACACAAGGGAACUGACACGCAAGGCCUUUUUCUGUAGGAAGGAUUAUUGGGGAAUCUAGAUGUUCCACUUCACAAUUUACUUCCUCCUGGCUUCUGCAAAACGAAUUAUCUUAGCCACACCGAAUAAAAUCGUGACUGCCAAGACAUUAGCUCCUGUUCGGCUGAUCAACCAGACCAUAACAUUUCCGCUUCUGUCGUCUUCUGAACUCUUAAAGAAGGAUGUUAUUGACAGAAACAUGACGACUACCUUGCUUUUGGUAUCACUCUUUAAGCCUGCAAUGUUUACAUAGAAAAUUGUAUGUGUGAGUGUGUGUAUGUGUAUGCGCGUGUUAAUGCACGGUGGUGGUUAAAAGUUGUGAGAGAUGUGGCACUGUACUAUAAACAUAGUAAAACAGUAAAGGCCUCCAUGA